AUGGCCAAAGUUAAAAAUAAACGCAAUGCUGGCUUAGCUGAUAAGGUUCAUAGGAAGAAAUCAGAAGGGGUUAAAAAAAAGUUAAAUCCAUUUGAAGUACAUAUAAAUAAAGAAAAACUUAAAGUUUUAGGAAAGAAAUCUAAACAUGAUCGUGGUUUACCAGGCGUUUCACGAGCUAAAGCUAUCCAAAAGCGCAAAGAAACAAUUGGAACAGAAAUGAAAUUGUUAAACAAGACAAAUACUUUUAUUGACCGUCGUAUUGGUGAAAAAAGUAACAAUCUCUCUGCCGAAGAUCGCAUGAUUGCGAGAUUUGCAGCAGAAAGAGCAAAGCAACACAACAAAAAGAGUAUUUAUAACUUAGCUGAUGAUGAAAUACUUACACACAGGGGACAAACAUUAGAGCAAAUUGAGAAGUUUGAUGACCCACGAUCUGAUGAUGAAGAUGAGGAUAAGCCUUUUGGUGGUUUGGAUGAUGAUUUUGUAUCAGAAGGCCAUUUUGGUGGUGGCAUUCUCUCAAAAACAGAAUCAAAAGAUGGGGCAAAAUCACAUAAAGAUUUAAUAGAACAACUUAUAGCCGAAUCAAAAAAACGCAAGGCUGAAAAACAAAAAGAAAAAGAACAAACAUUGGAUUUGACAGAGAAAUUAGAUAGUGAAUGGAAAGAUUUACAGCCAGUUGUGUUUAAGAAGCAGAGUGAAUCCUUGAUUGAUAAGCUCUUGGCCGAUGCUGAAAAAGGACAGGAUUAUGAUAAAAUGAUGAGAGAGCUUAAGUUUGAUAGGAGAGGGACUCCAUCAGAUGCAUUAAAAAGCACAGAAAAGCAGCAAGAAGAAGAGAGGAAGAAGUUAGAAGAGAUGGAGAAACAAAGACAACAGAGGAUGAUGCCAGAAGAAGAAAUGCCUAAAACCGCCAAACCCACAGUUAAACAUAGGUCUGCAGAUGACUUGGAUGACAACUUUGCUUUUGACGACGAGAAAGAGAUAAUGCUAGCAUAUGACAAGGAUGGCAAACCAUUAUUACCCGACCAUAUAUUGAAAGAUUAUAAUGUGCCUAAUGCAAAAAAGAAAUUUGAUGAUGGGGUAUCUGACACAUCUUCAGAGGAAGGUGAUGAAAUUAAUGACGAAUCGGGCAGCGAUAAUGAAGUAAAUGGUGAAGCUGACAGCGAAGAUAAUGACGAAGAUGAACAAAAAUUUGAAGAAAGCAAAGAAAUAGAUGAAAAUAGCAAUAAUGGGAGUGACCUAAAAGUGUUUGAAAGUGAUGGCGAUGACGACAAAAGCAACUCCAACAGUGAAGAGAAUGAGAAACUUGAAAGUUCCAGUGAAAAUAAGCGUAAACGCAAAAUAUCGAAGGAAAAUGUAAAGAGUGAUAAAAACGAUGAAGAUGAAAUUGAUGAUGAUGAGAGUGAUGCUGAUGAGAGUGGUGAUGAUGAAAAUGAAGCUUCAGAAGAUACGGGGAGUAAUAGUGAUGAGAAAGAACAAAUGGAUGUGGUUGAAGAAGAACUCGGUUCUGUCUUUGAUGUGAAGUCUGCUGAAGGGGAUAAAUUGAGGGAAUUAUUAACGGGUAAAACGCCUUCUCAGCAGUCAACCGCGUUAUCUAAAUUAAUAAAAAGUUACGACCCUAGUUUAUCGCCAAACAACAAAGAGAUAUUAAGUAGAUUAUUCGCACAUCUAUUACAAUAUGUUCACGAUAUAUUUACGGAUUUGAACGAUGAGGGUGACAUUAUCAAAGCAUUCUUAAUUUUUGAUAAAGUCGCACCAUAUUUUUAUGACCUAAUUCACAUUAAUAAAGUAUCCACUAAGAAAUUUAUAGUAGAGUUACUCAAAGAAAAACACGAUCAAUUCAAACGUAACCCUAAAAAAGUGCCGGAUUUAAAUACAUUGAUAUUUUUUAAAUUAGUCUCCUUGCUUUACCCCACUUCCGAUUUUCGCCAUCCGGUCACAACCCCAUCUUUAAUUUUCAUGACUGAAAUUUUGAGUUUAUCUCGGUUUAAAGACGCAUAUUCUGUUUCUAGGGGACUUUUUAUUCUGACAAUGAUUCUAGAAUAUACAGUCCUAUCGAAACGUUUCGUUCCGUCAGCAUUAAACUUUUUAAGGGGGAUAUUUUAUUUGUCCGCGAAUACGUCGGUUCUCAAUCCAGUGCAAGUCGUUCCGCCGUUCCGGUUACAUAAAGAUAGUAAAAUUUUAAAUUUAGAACAAGAUUGUUCCAAAAUGGAAGUUGAUGACAAAAUGUCGGCCAAGGAUUUAGUGUGUGAAAUGGACGAUGCCUUUAAAAUAAAAUGUUUACAUAAUUCAGUUUUCAUGUUAAGGGAGUUUUUCGAUAAUUAUAUAGAGAUCGACGCUUUAAAGGCGCUAUUUGAGCCACACAUGCAGUUAUUAGGUCGGAUAGAUUUAGAAUGGUAUCCGAAAAAGAUUGUUUCUAAAGUGACAAAAGUUCUUCAACAUAUGAAGGAAACACUAGAAACGAAAACUUACGCGUUAAUAACGAGAGAAAAAGUUAGGCCGAAGGCUUUACGCUUAUAUGAACCGGAUAUCCAGGAAGUUUUUACUGGCAGUAAAUUAUCAAAACUGUCUCGUGAUGCCUCCGAAAGAAAGCGACUACAGGGCAAAUAUAAAAAGGAGAUGAAGGGCGCUAUAAGAGAAAUAAGGAGAGACAAGGCCUAUAUCGCGUCUGUGAAAAUACGGCAAAAGAUACAGAGCGACAAUGUAAGAAAAGAGAAGGUAAAACAGAUCUAUAAGGACGCGUCUAUACAACAAGGAGAGUUAAAUAAGUUGAAACGAGGAAAAUGA